AUGGAGCCGGAGCGGCUGCGGCGCCGCCUGGGCUGCGCGUUCCGGGCGCGCGGGCUGAUGCUGCGGGCGGAAGCUGUAAAAUAUCUCACUGAAACUCUUCAGUCCCUCAAUGAAGAAGAGUUUGAGGACGUAAUUGACAGAAUCAUCGAUGCUGUUGAAAAACAGCCUUUGUCAACUAAUAUGAUUGAACUGUCCAUGGUGGAAGCAGCUGUCCAAGAAUGUAGCCAAGCAUCAGAUGAAACAAUAGAAAAUGUUUUCAACAUUAUUGGAGCCUUUGAUAUUCCACGCUACAUUUAUAAUUCAGAAAGAAAGAGAUUUCUACCUCUGUCAAUGACCAACUUUCCUGCACCAAAUUUAUUUGGAACUGCCAGAGAUAAAGCAGAGUUGUUUCGUGAACGCUACUCCAUCUUACAGCAGAGGACUCACAGACAUGAGCUGUUUACACCUGCAGCAGUUGUCGUCCAUCCUGAUGACAGUAGGAGCAAAUUCCAGCUUAAAACAGUAGAAACUCUGCUGGGCAAUACAGUGAAAGUGGGAGAAGUGAUUGUCCUUGGGAUGAUAACUCAGCUUAAGGAGGGGAAGUAUUUCCUAGAAGACCCUACAGGAGUUGUCCAGCUAGACCUUAGUAAAGCACAGUUCCACAGUGGUUUAUAUACCGAAUCAUGCUUCGUUUUGGCAGAAGGUUGGUAUGAAGAUGAAGUUUUUCAUGUGAAUGCUUUCGGAUUUCCGCCUACUGAGCCGUCUGCUACCACAAGAGCCUUCUAUGGGAAUAUAAACUUCUUUGGAGGUCCUUCCUCAACUUCAGUAAAGGCUUCCACAAAGCUGAAGCAGCUGGAGGAUGAAAAUGAGGAUGCCAUGUUUGUAUUUCUUUCCGAUGUGUGGCUGGACCAAACUGAAGUACUAGAAAAGCUGCAUACAAUGUUUUCAGGUUAUUCCUCUGCUCCUCCAACCUGCUUUUUCUUUUGUGGAAAUUUCUCAUCUGCACCAUAUGGAAAAAACCAAAUUCAGUCUCUGAAAGGUUCCUUGAAGGCUCUUGCAGAUAUAAUAUGUGAAUAUCCCAGCAUUCAUAAAAGUAGUCGAUUUGUGUUUGUUCCUGGCCCUGAAGAUCCUGGUCCUGGCUCUGUUUUACCACGACCUCCUCUGGCUGAAAACAUCACUCAGGAAUUCAGGCAGCUGGUGCCAUUUUCAGUUUUCACCACAAACCCUUGCAGGAUUCAAUAUUGCACACAAGAAAUCAUCAUCUUCCGUGAAGAUUUGGUAAACAAAAUGUGCAGAAACUGCGUCCGCUUCCCUAGCAGCAGCAUGGACAUUCCCAAUCAUUUUGUAAAGACCAUAUUAUCACAAGGACACCUGACACCACUUCCACUGUAUGUUAGCCCUGUGUACUGGGCCUACGACUACGCCCUGAGGGUUUAUCCUGUGCCAGACAUGCUCGUCGUUGCGGAUAAAUACGACCCCUUCACUGUCACCAACACUGACUGCAUUUGCAUAAAUCCUGGUUCUUUUCCAAGGAGUGGGUUUUCUUUCAAGGUAUUCUACCCCUCCAACAAGACUGUUGAAGACAGCAAGCUUCAGGGUCUCUGACUUCCUCCAAGACUACAAAAAGAGACUGAGCCUUUGUGAGGCCAACUGCAGCACUCGUUUAGAUGGAUUGAUUUUAUGAUGUUUUGCAGGCUGUUCAUAAUAAAUGUCAAAGCCAUGCUUAUUUUGUAUGAAAAUAAACUUUUACACAAAAA